AUGAAAUUUCAAGCUCGAUUAAGCAGAGAGGCCGCGUUAAAGCCAAAUUUACUACAUUCGGUUAUUGACAAGAUCACAGAACAAUUGCCGAUAUACAGAAUAAAUAAAGCAGUAGUAGAUAUUCUAAAUAAUUUAGAAUUAGCGGAUCCAACGUAUCACAUUCCUCGUGACGUGGAUAUAUUAAUAGGAGCUUCCAUAUUCUGGGAUCUCAUGCGUGGAGGGCAAAUCAGAGGAUCAAAUCGAUCUCUCGUAUUUCAAGAAACUCUUCUGAGCUGGAUCGUUGCAGGUUCUCUAACAGCGACUAAUACGUGUCAAAGAAAGAAAUCCUAUUGUGGGAUGACCAUAACCUUGCACAAGCAGCUCGAAAAAUUUUGGAGCAUGGAUGAAAUAGAGCAAUCAUCACCCAUCUCUAAAGAAGAAAAAUUAUGUGAAGAGCACUUCGUAAAGACGCACGUCAGAGAUUUAGAAGGUCAAUUCAUAGUUCGGUUACCGCUGAAGGACAACAUUGACGAGUUAGGCGACUCCAGUGUAGCAGCCGCAAAACGCUUCAAGGCAAAAUAG